ACCACUAAUCUCACAGGUCUUGCUGUAGCGAAGGCUCCACAUGCUUCCUUGAAAGCAGUCUAUGGUCGCAUCUUGAACACUUUAAAACUAAUGCCCGAGACGGCUGCUUAUCGAAUUCACACCGAAAAGGUCGUUAAAGAACGUUUGGCCUUGGUUGAGAAGACGCCAAACAUUCCAGACUUAGAAAAGAAAAUCGAUUGUGGACAAAUCGAAGAGGUGAUAAUUCAGGCCAAAAACGAAUACGAACUUGCAAAAAACAUGCUAAAGUGGAAACCGUGGGAACCUCUCGUUCAGGAUGCCCCACCAAAUCAAUGGAAAUGGCCUAUGUAG